AUGCCACCCACUUUGUUUCAGCUCCCAGCAGAGCUGAUGGACAUGGUUGGGGCCAUGUUGGCCCCGGCUUCAAAGGGCUGUCUGGCCCUCACCUGCAGAACUUAUUACGAGCAGUUCAAAUCGGUCUUCGAACAUAACUUCUUUGAUUUCAUCGGAAUCGAAACUGAGAUCGCCCGUAAGCCAGGAUUCCAUUCCAACAAAUUCUCCCGCUGCGCAAUCAACCGCUCCAUCUUUCUGAGUCAAGCUCAGACUGAUAAUUGGCCCUAUUGCGGCAGCUGCCGCUUGCUACACCCCAGCAAUGAGUUCGAACCCGAGGAGCUUGAGAAAAAGACUGAACUCAAAAAUUGCAAAUGGCCGACAAUGAGCCUUUCCAAUGCCCCGAUGAAGCCCAUCAACCAAGCUGAUGGUUCAUUGUAUUACCUGCCAAGCGUUUCCCCCUGGACGUACACUCACUUCUUCCCGGAGUUCGGAUUUCCACGGAUCCCAUUGAUGCGGCUCGAACAUGGCCGUGAUGAGGAGCAGUCUACCAUCACCGCCCGAAUGUAUUACUUCGAUCACAUCCCUUUCGACUUUCAUUCUCCGUACCCAAUGGUCUGCCCUCACAUCUCGCUCUUUGGCCUAUUUGAUCGACAGACCAGAGAAUGUGGCAGUCGAGAUAUCAUGUGUGAGGAGUGUGAUACAUGGAUUCGUGUUUCCACAAAAUUUAGAAUCGCUCGCCUAGAUGUCUGCGGAGAGCCCUGCGCUUGCCGCUCCCGAAAUAAAUGCGACUAUGUGGUUGAGGUUUACACCAAGCUUGGCCCCAAAUCAUUGUCUGGAAAGGAGGAGUGGUGGGCAUAG